UGAGAGAUUGGUGGGCUUACAAUACGAGUGAGAGGAGCCGUGGUUAACCCCGUGCGGCAGGUAACCUGAGUGUUGGAGCACCUGAGCUGGUAGUCAUGUGGUGGUGAGGGGGAAGGGGCUUGCUACACAGAGGCCCACCACCACCACUGUCUCGUGACCCAUCUGAUCGUAUAAGAUACUCGUUGUCCAGUGUCUCUCCGUCUCUCUGUCUCAACGCAUCUCUUCGUCUCUCUCUGAUUCUCAAAGUUCUCCUGGAGAUAUAUAGUAAUAAUCUAACUCGAAGAUUACUAAAACUUGUGCAGAAAGACGCCAGUAGAGUGAGUCACAGGUGGUUCUUGACUGCUCGGCCUAGAGUCUGAGUAGGAGGCCUGGAAACGUUGUUGUGAUGUGUCGUGUGGUCAAGACUUUAGCCAAAUUUAAGUGUGGAUAAGUAAACUUUAUUUACUUUUAAAACGAUUUUCCUUCAGAUGGUGAGGAUGUGUUUGAUAUGACACAUAGACAGUUAAUGAACAAACUAUACUGUAUAAGUUAUCGAGAAACAAAAAUGUUGAUAGAAAAUAAACACCAUUUGGAUUACUAUUGUCAUUUGUUCUCCACCGACUAACGAGGAUGUGUAGGUUAAUGGUUGCCUCCUCCUGACCGUCACAAGGACACCUCAAGAUCACCGUGACGCCAGAAAACACCGUAACAAGUCUACCUGGCCGUCACACACACACACACACACACAACAGAUAUAACUCGGCUGUCUGCUACGGUGUCACAACUUGUCCUUCGCUCCGAGAUCUGCCACUGUCUGCCAUUACCUGCAACUUUACUCACCACUGCUACUACUAACACCUCUACACCACCACUAGCACCACCAUCACUAGCACCACCACCACUAGCACCACCACCACUAGCACCACCACCACUAGCACCACUACGAUGGCUCUCACUAGGCAGGUUAAGUUAGCCUAUGGUGUGGGUCAUGUGUUUAAUGACCUGUGUGCCUCCAUGUGGUUCACCUACCUCCUGGUCUAUUUGCAGUAUGUCCUCCAGCUGGACAGGGGCCUCUCAGGGUUUCUUCUACUGAUGGGACAGGUGGCUGAUGCCGUCUCCACACCCCUCAUAGGCCUACAGAGUGACCGAGGCUGCUCCUUCUGCACCUACGGCCGGAGGAAGUCCUGGCAUGCUAUUGGUACCGUGUGUGUGUUGGUCUCUUUCCCGUUUAUCUUCAUCGUGUGUGGGUUAUGCUUCGCUACUCUGGGCUUCGGCUACAUCCUUCUGCUGGGCUUCAUGAUCUGUCUGUUCCAGUUCGGGUGGGCAGCGACGCAGGUAUCCCACUUGGCCCUCAUCCCUGAUCUCACCAACUUGGAGGCUGAGAGAGAUGAACUGAACAUCAUCAGGUACAUCCUCGACGUGUGCAGUGACGUGUUGGUGUACCUGGUGGCGUGGAUCACCUUCGCUGAGGACACAACCACAGCUAACAAGUUCGUCGACCCGGGUGAUGCUUCUAACUUUAAGACUAUCACCAUCACUGUACUGGUCGUGGGAACAUUCUUCUCCGUCUUGUUCCACUUGUUCACCCCCGAGAGAGCCUCCACCAGGACACAAGCAGAAGCCUAUCAGGAGGUGGCGGCAUCUGAGACCCAGGCUGAGACAUCCCCCACCACCAGCACCCCCCAGCAGGAGGAACAACCCGUCAACUCUUACACCGCCCACGUCCGUAUGAUGUGGAAGGACUGGUUGGCGGAGCCCCAAUUUUAUCAGAUCACACUCCUGUACGCGUGUUCCCGCCUGGUGGCCAACCUUGCCAAUAUAUACAUGCCCAUAUAUCUUCAGGAGACCAUACACGCCAGGCAGGAACUGAUCGCCACGGUGCCCCUGGUGAUGAGUCUGUCGGGUGUGGGCGCCUCCUUCCUCCUGCGGUCGCUGAGGAAGUGUAUCGGCAAGAAGGCGUCAGUGGUGGUAGGCAUCGUGAUAGGGUUGGUAGCGGCCACAGUAUCAGCUCUGCCCUGGAUACCGGAGUUUGGGAUGUACAUUGUUGCCAUCCUGUGGGGGACCUCCAGCUCCAUCCUCGUCAUCAUCUCCCUCGCCUUCACUGCUGAUCUUAUAGGCAGGAGCACGGAGAGCUCCGCCUUUGUGUAUGGAUCCAUGAGCUUCGCUGACAAGAUCAUCAACGGUGUGGCUGUGUUGAUUAUCCAGGAGUUGACCAGGGUGUGGUGUAAUGGCACUAACUGCUCCGAUUAUUUCCGACACGUCAUGAGUUUGGGCAUCUUCGUCCCCCUCAUGACCGCCUUCAUCGCCAUCUGCCUCAUUAACCGCCAGAGACUUGGACGAACCCAAAAGCUGCUCCAGGCUGAACGUGAGACGGGUGAAGCAAGUGGCAGUUCUCUCAGCUCAAACUCUAGUGAAUUGCUCCUCUCUACUGGCACUAAUUUGGGCUAUGGUGCCAUUACCAAGGCCUGAGCAGUACAUGAAGGCACCAACCUGGGCUGUGGUGGCAUCAGGACCCGAUUCCUACACAUAACAGAAGACUCUUGUGUUAAGGCACCAGAGUUUAAAUUCUCAAACACUCAUUCCUACGUCUUUAUAUAAGUUCUUCCUUAAGUUUAGACGUGAGAGAGUGUACACAUGUAUGGUGUCGGUGUAUACAACAGCUGCCUCUUGAAGCAUCGCCCUCACCUGCUGCAGCACGAGGAGGAGUGUUGAGUGAUUGCUUCCCUCACCAUAGCCUCUCACCUGCCUGACGUCUCUUACAAUAACUUGCUGUGAUAAGCGUGGCACUUUAACUCCUAUCAAUACCUUGACUUGGACUGCCAUUGUAUACGAGUUCUUGUUUACGAUUUUCUCGACUAUUUCAAUGGUUAUUUUUCAUAGUGAGAUUAAAAAUAUUAUAUAUGA